ACAUGAGAAGAGAAAUAAACAGAUACGCUGCUUUAAAUGCGCUUUAAAAGCAGGAAAACAAGAUGGCUGGUGACAGUAAACCAUAACAAGGGCAACACGCCGGUGUCCCCUUUAAGAACAAGAACUGUGUCUGAAAUACAUCAAUAUUUAAGAGCUGGAAGAAAUAAAAGGCUUGACACUGUUACACUGUUUGCUAUUUUUAAGUGAAAGGAUCGCGAGGCGGCCGCAAUCAGCUGCGAGCAGGUCGACAUGGACAGGCAGGACAGCUCGGAAAACACUUUAACAUUUAACGACUGUAGAUAGCGAGAGAAUAGAUUUACAGGGGGAGAGAGAGUUUGAUCAAGAGAUUUGCGCGAGCGCGCGUGAGAGAGAGACACACACACAGAGAGACAGAGAGAGAGAGUGUUAGAGAGACAGCGUGAGAGAGAGAGUGUUAGAGAGACAGCGUGAGAGAGAGAGUGUUAGAGAGACAGCGUGAGAGCGAGAGAGAGACACGGAGAGAGAGAGCGAGAGAGACCCAGAGAGAGAGAGAGCGCGAGCGCGUAUGAAAGAGAGAGAGAGAGAGAGAAGGGGAGAGAGAGAGAGAGAAGGGGAGAGAGAGAGCGCUCCAUGGAAAUGUUUCAUAACGCACAUUAAUUCACUUAAACGCUUUUUGUUGCUUGCUGUAUAUUGUCCCGUGUCGGACCACAGAUUCGGUUUUCUUUCCCCGUUUUUUUUUACCGAACGACUUGUACAAUUGCUUCUAUAUUAGACCUAUUUACCGUAGAUUAGACCUAUUUACCGUAGAUUAGACCUAUUUACCGUAGAUUAUAUACUAAAACACCGUUUGCUUCUCCUUCUGAUUCUUGUAAAGUAAUAUGGGCACUUUGUGCGAUACUCACACUGUACAGAGGCCUGUUGUACUGCUGAGGUAAGUGUCAUAGCGCUUAUACACGUUUACUGCGCAGGACACAAACUCGACUAAACUUGUGUGCGUUAAACUUUACUGAUGACUGGAUGCAUGGCUUACAUUUAAAGCCCUGUUUUUAUGGACUGUGCAGCUAUUUAUCAUCAGUCUGCGACUUCCAGCGCACAUCAGAAUGUACAAGUCACCCAGCAGAGAUGCAGCUUGUUCUUCUCCCUGCGUCCUGAAGCACAGUUCAGUUCAGCUAUAAAGGGUUUCAGGCAAUUUUACAAACUUCUGACUGUCUGUAUAAUUGACUGGAAUCAGUAUAAUAAUCUGUGCACAUUCAUUCUUCUAAAACAAGCAAGGACAGGAGCGUCUCAGCCCGAAGAGCUGUACAACUUCGGUUUGGUCUGUUUUAAGCCUAGAAGGUUUUCAUGUCCGUCGUGAUCCGAUUGCAACAUUCAGAUCCCUGAUUUGUGUCUCAGCUGCGGAACUUGAACAGGGGCGGAAGAGGCGCUCCCUGGACCUUUCAUGGAGACUUAUCAACAGCUGUUUAUGCAGACUUGUAUGCCUGUGUGGACAAGCAGAGUCAUACGCUUAGUUUUAUAAAAGGGGAACGAGAAUGCCCGACUUAUUUUAAAUAGUUUAACAGGCUCUCAACUGAAAACCGGCCUGCAUGUCUUCUACCCAAGCAGCUGAGAUGGCCGAGGCCUGGAAGAACUGUCUCGAGGAAGAGCUCAUCUGCCCCAUAUGUCUGCAUGUGUUCGUGGACCCCGUGCAGCUGCCCUGCAAGCACAACUUCUGCCACGGCUGCAUCAGCGAGGCCUGGGCCAAAGACGUGGGUAUCCUGCGAUGCCCGGAGUGCAAUCAGCCCUACAAACAGAAGCCCAGUCUUGACAAGAACAUCAAGCUAAUCAAUAUCGUGGAGAAGUUCAACGCCCUGAACACAGAGAAAGAGCCGACCGUGCUGCAGUGCAUACUGUGCAGACGGGGACCUGCGCUUCCGGCUCAGAAAGUUUGCCUACGCUGCAAUGCGCCCUGCUGCCAAUCACACAUUCAAACACACCUUCAGCAACCUUCUUCAAAUGCCGGGCACCUGCUGGUAGAUGUCGAAGACGUGCGGGCCUGGAGUUGCCCCCAACAUGAUGAAUACAGACUGUAUCACUGCGAGACCGAGCAGGUGGCUGUGUGUCGUUACUGCUGCUUCUCUAGAUGUGCAGUCGGCCAUGGACAUGGCGUCUGCGACGUGGAACUGCGUCAGAAUGAUAUAAGGCACAUGCUGAUGAAGCAGCAAGAUCGAAUUGAUGAUCGAGUGCAGGACAUCGAAGAGCUGUUGUACAAGCUCGAGUCAGACAAACGGCAGGUGGAGGAUAAGGUGGAUCAGCUGAAACAAGAGGUGCGCAUUCAAUAUCAGAAAAUGCAGCAGCUCCUGGAGGAGGACCUGGGAAAGGCUCUGAAUGUGCUGGAGAAGUCAUGGUCGAAGUUCUGCCAGGAAAACUCCAGACAGGUCCUGCAGCUCAAUGAGCGGCGCCAGGAGGCCAAGAAGAUGCUCAGCUCUGUCCAGGUCUUGUUUGACAAGGCAGAAAAUAUCAACUUUAUGAAGAACACAAAACCUAUAAAAAUCCUCCUAGAUAGAUCUCAGACAUCUAUAGACAGUGCACUACCUCCCUACAAUGCAGGUCACCUUAACUCUAAAGUCUUUCUUGCUGAAAUUUCUAAAAAGGAGAAGAACCUACGCAAAAUGCUGGAAGCACCCUUCGCCGCUCCUGCACACUUUUUCCAGAGUGUUCCUGUCUACCAGUGCAGAGUGAGCAGUUCAGGAUCAGAAAAGCGCAAGCACUCGACUGCAUUUCCUGAGAGCAGUACAAACUUCAUGGACUCCGCAUCAGGUCCUGUGAACAAGCAGCAGUUCCUGGCUCCAAGUACCAGCUCCGACGAAGGGCCAUCUGUGGCUUCCUGCAGCUCUGCUCGACACAUUGUGAGUGGUGUAGAAGUGAGCGAUGCUCAGCCUGUCCAUCAUUCCAGCUCCGUGUUCAGUCCUGCCCACUACCCCAACGCGGGCUCCACACAACAGGCUAUGCUGCCACAGUACAAUGGCCGUAAGAUUCUCAUGUGUACAGUGGACAACUGCUACUGCUCCAGCAUGCCCUCUGUGUCUGGACACCAUGGCCACCCUUCCUACUCACGCUCACCUUCUUUCGCCUGGGCUCAGGAGUUCUCACACCCAAUGCCCCCCCCAGCUCCCUCCAUGUCCCAGCCAAUACAGAACAUCUCAGUGCGUGGGAACUGGAUUGGCACCUCACAGAGCCAUAGGCACCCCGACUUCUACAGCCUCUACGGAGAACCUUCUACUAAACACUAUGUCACCAGUUAACCGUUCUUUAUCCAUUCCUUCUUUCUUUCUCUUGCUUUUUUUUUUUGCUUUCUCUCUGUUUAUUUUGUCUCAACAACCAUUGCAUUUGAAUGGCACUUUGUCUCAUUUUAUAUUAGUCAAGGUAAGCCUUGUGGCCCUACCAGCCACAUAUCUUCUUUCUCAAGGCUAUAAAAUCGCUGUCUGCCACUGUACAGUCUUUUGAAGGGAAAAGGGAAUUUGUGGCUGUCCUUUUAAAAUUGAGAACAGGCCUUGGAUAAUUGUAGAUGCUGCUGACCCAAAGCAGGUAAUGUUAAGCUUUGCACAAGCCCAGCUUCCUCUGUCCCAUCUUCCAGCCUUUAGUGUGUCUGGGGAGAAGGAGGUGGCAUCUUUUUAUCAUGGUCUGAAAUUCUCUAUGUAACUAGGGAAAACAACUAUUGACUGCAUCUAUAUGAUGCUUAAAAGUAUUUUUAUUUCUGUUAAGAGAAAGGGUUGGUAAAGGUUGGAAAGGGUUGCGGUCUUUUAUAGCCAAGAGGUAAAAAGAUUAACCAUGACCGUGUGGCUCAUUGCCCAAGGUUAAAACCAUGUUUAACAUGAGACAAGCUGGGAUUGAGCUUUUAUGUAAAUGCCUAAAAGGUGACAGGAUCUAGUAUCAUGUUUACAAUUACAUAUUAGCAUUUCUUAUGGUUUGACUGGCAUUAGUGUCUUAAUCUUAGUGGAAGAAUCACCCAAGAAGAAUUCGAUUCGAAUAGCAAUUCGAAUCCUGGAAGCCUCCAUGAGAACCUCUCACAUAUUCCACGUGUCUUUCCUAGACUUCUCUGAAACUUAAUUAAUAACUGCACCUAAACUAAUCUUUCCUGGAUUUUGCUUUCUGUCAAGUAUGGAACCUUCCUGAAUCAAAGCACAAGAAAGGCAUGUUCACGACGAUCAGCAAACACACUCAAUAUUUAAUCAUUGAUCAAUUAUAUAGAUGUGGUAUCCUUCCUCUUCGAAACUGUUUGUCAGCUCCAGUGGAACCCAGUGGGUUUGUGUGAUCACUGCACAGUGCUGAUUGUCAGGAACAUGCUGAAAAUCUGUUGACUUCCUGUUUGGAACUUGAAGCAGUCCAGAAAGAUAUUCCAUGAACUCUUAAGGUUUUACGCUGAACCUGAAUAGAAAACAGUUAUUGACAUUUUUUCCCACUUAUUUUUUACCCAAAAAAUGGACUACUGAACCUCUAUAAUUUGCUUCAUUGUGCUUCAAAAGAGUAUUAAAUGUUGGUUUUAAAACACAUACAGUCUUUUUGUACAUAUUUUGUCCAACACAAAAGUGUGGCUCUAAUCUAAAAAAUAAAUAAAUAAUUAAAGAGCAGUUAAUGGA